ACGCCGCGCGGCACUCAUUCAUUCAUGCUAUCUGGCAGCCUUCAUCUGUAGUUACUAUAACUGGUGAAGAUGUCGGGAAUUCCACCAGAUUCGUGGCAGCCAUCCACUGUGUCACUAGAGACAACAAUGGGCACAAUAGUUGUGGAGCUUUAUUGGAAGCAUGCUCCUAAAACCUGUAAAAACUUUGCUGAGCUAGCCAGAAGAGGUUACUACAACAACACCAAGUUUCAUCGUAUCAUCAAAGACUUCAUGGUUCAAGGCGGAGACCCAACUGGAACAGGGCGGGGUGGUGCUUCUAUAUUUGGGAAGCAGUUUGAAGAUGAACUUCAUCCAGAACUGAAAUUCACAGGAGCUGGGAUCCUUGCCAUGGCCAAUGCUGGACCAGACACCAAUGGUAGCCAGUUCUUCCUAACUCUGGGGCCAACACAGUGGCUGGAUGGGAAACACAGCAUUUUCGGGAGGGUUUGCCAGGGCAUCGCUGUGCUCAACCGCAUCGGCAUGGUUGAGACAAAUACACAAGACCGGCCAGUGGAUGACAUCAAAAUUCUCAAAACAUCUUUACCCAACUGAUGGGCAUCAGAUUCACAAACCGAUGUUGUACGCUUUUUUGUGUCUUCGUUUGUUGUCAAA